AUGGCUCCCCAGGAGCACCACAUCGUCGUCGGGACGAAGCGAGGAGACACAACCAUUGACGUGCAGAAACUGUUGGACAAGCCCUGGUACAAGUACAAGCAUCUCAGAAAGCUCUAUGGCUGGCUCUGUGUGGUGCUUAUCGUGCAGGCCACAAAUGGCCUUGACGGCUCUAUCAUGAACGGAAUGCAGACUUUGACCUACUGGCAAUCCUACUUCCACCACCCGACGGGCGCUCAGCUUGGUAUCUUCAAUGGGACGCAGGGCCUCGGCGGCGUCAUUUCGCAGUUCUUUCUGUGGUGGCUCGUCGAGAAGAUCGGUCGCAAGCUGACCAUUGUAUCUGGAGCCGUCAUAAUCAUCAUAGGUGUCUUUCUACAAUCCUUUGCGCGAGGAAUCGCCAUGUUCGCAGUGGCGCGCUGUGUCAUCGGACUGGGACUGAGUUUCGAAUACACGGCCGCCCCAAUGCUUGUCUCCGAGCUUUCGCACCCGACCCACCGUGCCCAGUUGUCAACGCUGCUCAACACCCUAUAUUACUUCGGUGCCACCAUUGCAGCGUGGAUCACACUCGGGACCCUCUCCAUCCAGAGCGACUGGAGCUGGCGCAGUGUCUCGUUGAUUCAGAUGUUCCCGUCUCUGAUCUCGGUCACUCUUACUUGGUGGGUCCCCGAGAGCCCGCGCUGGCUCUGCUCACGAGGCCGAAACGAAGAAGCGUUCAAGACCCUGGUUGACUGGCACUGUGGUGGCAAUGAGGCCGAUCCACUUGCUACCUUCGAGUAUAAUGAGAUCGUGCAAACCCUGGCUUUCGAGAAGGAGAAUGGCAGCAGAAGCUGGCUCGACCUUGUUCGCACGCCGGGCAACCGCCACCGAACUUGGAUUGUGGUGACCUGCUCGAUUCUUAGCCAGGCCACCGGGCAGACCAUCAUCGGCUAUUACCUCGUCUUGAUCCUGAAGGGGGUCGGCAUUACCAACCCCCGUCACCAGUCUAUCAUCAAUGGCUGCCUUACAAUGUGGAACAUGGGAUGGGCAUUUUGGGGCGCAUAUGUGAUUGACAAAUUCGGCCGUCGAGCCAUGCUCUUGACCUCCCUGACCGGCAUGCUGUUUUGCGGAUUCUUGCCGUGGACGAUCUGCAGCGCCUUGUACGUCCAGGAUGGAGUCAAGGAUGCCGGCCCCGCGGUCAUUGCAUUCAUCUUCAUCUUCAAUGCCUUUUACGCCACGACCUGGAACGGUAUCUUGACCGGAUACACGGUCGAAGUCAUGAGCUACGACAUCCGACCGAAGCUCAUCUGCACCCAGAACCUGCUUGUUCAAGCGACCAUCACCGGCUUCAACUACUUGAACCCUGUAGCCUUGAAGAACAUCGGCUGGAAAUACUAUGUCAUCAUAAACAUCAUCAUCCUGCUCACUAUGGUGGUCGUGUACUUCACGUAUCCCGAGACCUCCAAGAUCACGCUCGAGGAAGUCAGCGUCAUCUUCGACGGCAAGCACGCCGUCAAGAACGACAUCCUCCAAAAGCAGGUGAUCAAUGCUGGUGACGAGGACGCUGUAGGCAGCGACGACAAGAAGGGCGCAGUGGAGAUCAUUGAGCGUGAGCACAUUGAAUUGAAGUGA